AGCAAAAACCCUAGGAAGAAAAACGAUGAAACGACUUCAGCUUAGAAAUCUGUGUCUCUACGCUCGUACUCGUCUUCUCUCUCCUUCCUGCUACAAUCCGGGAUCCCAACUCGCUCCACUCGCUGCUUCGACUCGGCCCAGACUUCGCUUCUACUCGACUGAGUCUUCAUCGCACAACCAAGAGGAGGAUGUCAGUGACGAAGAGCUGAAAAUGCAAAUUGACAAGUAUUUUCGAGGGGAUGAGGAGGCCAUACCAUCAAUCUUUGAAGCAAUUUUGAAGAGGAAGUUGACGGGGAAGCAUGAAGAGGAUGAUAAAAUGCUCAUGGAAGAAAUUCCCGGGAAGAGGCAGGAGGAGCCACUGAGUGACAUAGAUGACGACCAAGAGACUAAAUCUGAUUUUGAUGAAGGCUCUGACAGUGAUGGGUGAUGAAAGCCAAAUCCACGCUAUUUCGCUAAAACAAACACAGAGAUUACUUCAAAAACAUUGUUCAGAGCUCACAUCACAGGCCUUGUAACAAACAAGCUCUCUAGUUUCAAAUAGAAGCAGUUAAUUUCUAUCUAGAUGGUCAGCCAGUCCUACACCCCCCAACGCUGUUAGAAACGGUAUAAAUGUAAGCCAAACUUAUUCAGUUGCACGAACGAAAAGUUAUUCAGUUCAUGCCUUGUCUGUUUGUUCA